CAUGUGUUUAUAUAGGAGGACAGCCUCCACUAAACCCUAGAUAACUUGGACUCUAAUAUAACUUGGACUCUAAGAUAAGUAAGAUAACUUAGGCUAAACCCGUAAUUAACCCUGUCCAUAACUAAUGCGGCCUGUGUCUUCAUACUUGCAUUUUACUAUACACCAGGUUACCUACUUCAAGUGUGGAGGUGUCUCCCUUGGUGUUGCCAUACAACACCAUGUCGCUGAUGGCAUGUCCGGCUUGCAUUUCAUUAACUCAUGGUCUGAUCUCUGCCGUAGAGCUAAAAUUGCAGUCAUGCCCUUCAUUGACCGCACCCUCAUCCGGCCUCGAAAACCCCCGAGUCCAUGCUACCCACAUGUUGAGUACCAUCCAUCCCCGGCCAUGGUGUCAUCCAUACCCCAGGAUCUCUCUUCUAAAGGAACAUCGCCUGCCAGUGCUGUUGACAUCUUCAAGCUCACCAGCAACGACAUUGGCCGCUUGCGUUCACAGCUUCCCAAAGGCCACGAUUUGCCACGGUUCAGCACAUACACAUUGAUAUCUGCACAUGUAUGGCGUUGUGUCUCUCUCGCGCGUGGCUUGCCAUCUGAACAGCCCACCAAGUUGUAUUGUGCCAUUGAUGGGAGGAAACGGCUUAAUCCCCCACUACCAGAGGGUUUUUUAGGCAAUGUAUUGUUCACUGCCACACCAAUUGUGGAGGCUGGCAAGGUGGUCGGUGGGCUGGCAGAUGCAGCAAAGAUAAUCCAAAGGGAGCUAGAUAGGAUGGAUGAUGACUACUGCCGCUCAGCGUUGGACUACCUUGAGCUGCAACCUGAUUUGUCGCCAUUGGUCCGAGGAGCGCAUACCUACCGUUGUCCUAACCUUGGAAUCACCAGCUGGGUUAACCUGCCAGUCCACAACGCGGAUUUUGGAUGGGGCCGUCCGGUGUUCAUGGGUCCUGGAGGCGUCGCAUUUGAGGGGCUCGCCUACAUUCUCCCAAGCGUACACAACGAUGGGAGCUUGUCCAUCGCAAUCUCACUACAGGUCGACCACAUGAAGAAUUUCCGAAAGUUGAUCUUUCAACUGUAAGAUAAUUGGCAUUACUUACCCCAUGCCAAAAUGAAGUUGAGAAAUUUGAUUUUGGAUCUGUAAUACAUUAUUUUUGAGCUUCCCA